CAAUAUAUUUUGACUGUGUUUUGAUCGUCUAUUUGGCGCUGAGAUGCCACUUGUCAGUCCGUCGAGCUCUCAUCAGGGCGGUGUGAUUAUCCGCUUUCUCUUACAGUGAACGCUCUCGCCACAAAAAUGCGUUGCUAAUGACUGUGUUUCUGCAAUAUGAAGAAUGGAAGAAGACGAUGUGACGAUCAGAGAGCAGAAUUUCCACAGCCAAGUCCGCGAGUACAUCGUCUGCUUCCUCCUGUUUGCAGUACUGUACAUUGUGUCAUACUGCGUCAUCUCACGCUACAAGAGGAAAAGCGAUGACCAGGAAGAUGAGGAUGCCAUUGUCAACAGAAUAUCUAUGUACUUGUGUACAUUCACACUGGCGGUGUCUGGAGGGGCUGUCCUCCUCUUGCCUUUUUCUAUAAUCAGUAAUGAGAUCCUGUUGUCCCUUCCAAAAAACUACUACAUACAAUGGCUGAAUGGAUCACUCAUUCAUGGCCUGUGGAACCUGGUGUCCCUCUUCUCAAAUCUCUGUCUCUUUGUGCUGAUGCCUUUUGCCUAUUUCUUCCUGGAGUCUGAGGGCUUUGCUGGUUCGAAAAAGGGCAUAAGGGCUCGAGUGCUGGAGACAUUUGUUAUGCUCUUUCUGCUGGGUCUCCUCAUUCUGGGCAUUGUAUGGGUGGCAUCCGCUCUCAUCGACAAUGAUGCGGCCAGCAUGGAAUCGCUCUACGAUUUAUGGGAGUUUUAUCUGCCGUACCUCUACUCCUGCAUCUCUCUGAUGGGUGGCCUAUUGCUGCUUAUGUGUACUCCAGUGGGAAUGUCACGCAUGUUCACAGUGAUGGGUCAGUUACUAGUCAAACCCACAAUAUUAGAGGAUCUGGAUGAGCAGAUUUAUUGUAUACAGCUGCAGGAAGAGGCCCUGGAGCGUAGACUCAAUGGUAUGAUGUCAAACUCUUAUCUCCAUGGAAACUCUCAGCACCAUCUCUACAAAGAGCUGGACAACAUUCGUAAUCAGAGGAACAAACUCGAAAGGAGAAAGAAGGCCUCAGCCUGGGAAAAGAACCUCCUUUACCCCAUAGUGAUGAUGAUCCUUCUUGCUGGAACGGCGAUUUCUGUUCUUCUGGUUGCUCUGAACAUUGUGUACUUGCUUGUUGAUGAGACGGCUAUGCCAAAGGGUUCAACGGAGAGAGAUAUUGGCAAUGCCUCUUUAUCCACAUUUGGAGUUGCCCAGGCAGUUAUUGAAAUCAUUCUCAUGUUUUAUCUGAUGGUCUCAUCUGUGGUUGGCUUUUAUAGCCUUCGCAUCUUUCAGGAGCUCACUCCCAGAAAGGAUGACACAACCAUGACAACGAUCAUUGGUUGCUGUGUAUCUAUUCUAGUGCUGAGCUCGGCCUUGCCUGUCAUGUCCCGAACACUUGGAAUAACAAGGUUUGAUCUCCUGGGUGAUUUCGGACGAUUUAAUUGGCUUGGAAAUUUUUACAUUGUACUUUCGUACAAUCUUCUGUUUGCUGUAGUAACCACAUUGUGUCUGGUCCGAAAAUUCACGUCUGCCGUGCGAGAGGAACUCCUCAAAGCCCUCGGUCUGGAUAAAUUGAAUCUGUCAAACAGCACAACGGAUGCAGAGUCAGGGAAACAUGCUGUCAACGGGCAUCAGAAAACUCUGUGAGAGAAAAAUCAUCAGGACAUUCUCACACAAACACGUGUAUGUGUAUACAGUUGUCUUUUUCAUUUUAAUAGUAUAGUAAUAUACAGUCAGGGAGCAUCAAAGGCUAAAAAAAAAUAGAAAAGGGGUAAUAAUUAGGAAUAGAUGUUAAUGCGAGAUGCUUCUAGUGUCAGUUGAAGUGUUUAGACUCCGUGUCUCCUGACUUGUAGAAUAUGUCCAUCACCUCAUCUGAGCAGUCAAUGGCACUGAAACUCACUGCAGAAUGCUUCCAUCUGAAACAAGUCUCAGAUUCACAGUGAUUUCAUUUUGGUUAUCAAUGUUUGUUGUUCAGUUUGUAAAUGCUUUCAUUUCAAAUGAGAAAUUUUAUUCUUUUUGAUGACCUGCACAUCUAAAAGUCCUCUUGACAGCAUCCUUCAAUGGAGGAUUAUUAUUAUUAUUAUCUAUACUUUCUCUUUGAUUAGUUGAAAUAUUAAGCUGUUUGCCAAGCUGAUUGAAUUUCACGUGCAUAGGGCAUAUAAUUUUCCUCUUAAAUUAUUGUAGAUUUUGUGCCCUUGUUGAUCAGUAUUUUGUAAAGUUAAAUGGAAUUUCUAAACAAGUUUAGGCCACAAGAGCAGUUCACGUAAAAACAGCACACACAUGAAAUAUAAACUUUUUUUGAUAUUGACACGAGAGACACCAUUAUUACAUGUAAUCUUAGAACUAAUAUUAGAAACUAUAUUCCCUUAAGAAUUGCAGAGCUUUGAAAUUUGCACUGGGAAAGAAAUUGCUGCAGUGAGUGUAACUUAACAUUUAUAUAGUUUCAAAUGUUUUAAUACCAAAUUGACUGAUUCUAAUUAAAAUGACACUCAUUACAAAGUCAGUUCAUGAUAAUAUACAGGCAAAAUGUGAUGGCCCAUAGUUCUGACAAAUAUUCUGAAAGUUUGAUUGUCAGAAUUGUCCAUAUCUGUCAUAUUUCUUGCUUAGAUUUUGUAAGUUUUGUAAUCUGAAAGCUUGCUAUUCUGUGUCUGCCAUUGAAUAUGUUUACAUUCAAUUAUGCAUACAUGAUCAAUUAUUAUUUAUAAGAUGAUCAAUUUUAAAUGAGGAAGCAUUACGAUUUUAGUUUCCUCAUGCUGUACUGUGACAAUUCAGGUUUGUUGGAUGCGACAGAAUUAAGUAAUGGGAAUCGACAAGGAAACUCCCCAAACAAUGUGCCUUACUCAAAAUGUUGGCAUAUUCUGGGUAGUAUUGGAAUGUUACUACCAGUGGAGGAGCCUACCUGCCAAAUUUCUAUUUGCACUGCAACUGCUCUUGUUUCCAUCGGUAGGCAAAGUUCAGAGAUGGACAUUAUGGGUUCGAGUCACUACCAACAACCAGCUUAAUAUGUUAUUGUCUUUACUUGAAUUGGUUGCAGCAGAUUGUGUUUAGGAAUGUUGCGACCUGCCAGUCACUCUCGGUAAUAUCACCUCAAUGAUUUAACACAUUUAAUGGAUUGUAGUGUACCGUAGUCUAGAAUUAGGGAAGCAACAAAAAUGAAAUGACAGCAGAGAAAUGCUCUCUGUUGUCAUAGUAGUAAAAAUGCACCAAAUAUUUAGGAGAAGGUGAGGCACAAUCUUGGGAUUUAGCUUCCUGUUCCUGUUCUUAAAUCUGCUGCUACUUCCUCCACAUUUGAUACUAUGCUAUGCUACAUGUACUACACAAACUGAUUGGGGCUUUUUUCCCUUGAUGGGGGAGCAUAUAACCAGUAACAUACAUCCUUUGUACUUGGUUAUCGCAGCAGAGCUUGUUUGUCUUAUUUCAGCAUCAUUAGCAAAACAGCCUUCAAACAUCCAGUCUGUACCUCCUGAAGCUGCUUUGCUUUUUGCAAAUGGCAGAUUAUUAUAUCCAUGAACAUAAAUGUUUUUCCACUCGCUCUCCUGCUGGAUUUUAUGCUAAUUUAGCCUGUUCGGUCUAGUGAAUUAAUGGCGUAGGUAGAUUAGAGGUUACACUCUGACAUUAUGUAGGAUCUUGUAUAUAAAGGCAGUGAAAACAGGACUGCCGAGCCACAUCACACCUAAUAAUAAACUUAUUGUGUGGUGAAAUGAAUGUGAAGUCCGGGCUGAGGCAGUUGUCAUUACGCAUGUAGAAAGCAGCACAACUUUUUGAAGGGUCUCCUUUAUAGCUAUGAAAUAGUGUCAUAGAAACAUUUUUUUUUUUUACAUUAUUUUAAUUUUGUUUAAAUGUUACUGAUCACACAUUUAUUGUACAAUAUGUUCUGAAUAGUUUCAGUUUCCAAACAUUCCCAUUCUGACGACAAAACCAACAGGCUAAAACGAACAGAGAAAAUUGUUUUGGCCAUUCCUGACAUUUCUCUCACAAGGUUUGAUGUAAAGCUACUUAGACAUCCUGUGGCAAGCCUCUUAUUAAUGUAAAUGAUGUAUUUACAUGUAUAUACAGUAUAUUUCCUCUUUUUAUUUUUGUAGAAUGUAGAUAUGAAACGGGCUCUCGAGCCUCAUUCAUACUAUGCUUUUUGUGGAAAAGGCCAGACAACUAGUCACUCAGUAUUUGUUUAUUGUAAAAAAAAAAGACAAACAAAAAAAUCACCUCUGAUGCCUUAAACAGGCUUUCUAGGCUUCUUUUCGUUUUCGUCUCCUGUUGUCUGGUAUCGAGGAGACGUGCCGUGCAUGUGUGAGAUGUGCAAAUGAGUGACAGAGUGAGACAGAUUGUUAGUGUGUGUACCUUUUUAUUGACUAAUUCACUGUGAAUCCCUCUUGUGAUUGUCAAUAACAUAGCAUACCAAAACGACAGGGUGGGUCUUUUAACGCAAACUGGCCAAAGGAAAAAGAACCUGUCAAGGCACUGAUACGGAAUAUUAAUGUUUGGGCAGAAAACAUUUUAAGAAAUAGAUUGGAUUUUGUGUCUGCAAAGUUGAAGGAUUCACAUGAGGGACACUGAAUUCAAAGCCUGUGAAAAGGUCAUUUAAAAUUGACACCUCAGGUGGGUUCUGUGGUUUAAUAUGAUGCAUUAUUUUGGUAUUUUUAUUGUCAUGGAUUUAAAGUUACUUGUAAAAUACCUUUUCUUCCUGUUGAUUUGCACAAAGAAUAUUUUGUAAGAAAAUAUCUGGGAAAGUGUAUUAUGUCAAUAAUUGUCAUUGAAGUAAGCUUUUUUUUUAAUGUUUUUUUCCUUUUGUGUAUGUGUCUCUGUGUGUAUUUGUAUCAAACUUUAAAGUCAAGUUUGUCUGCACAAAGUUUGUAAUGCCAGAACAUCUUGUGUCAUUAAUAACUAUCAAUACUGUCUGUGGACAAAAUGCAAAAUUCUACUCUUUGGUUUUAAUUUAAUUGGCUUUUUGAGGGAUGUUGCUGUGCUUCACACCUGGUCCUACUUUAUGCAGCACAAGGACUGAUGUGUCAGUUGGUGUGUUGGGUUUCUCAAAAUAGAGGCAUUUGCAGUGAUGUACUAGAAUUAACUGUGAAAGAAAAAGAAGCCUAUUCAUUCCAUAUUCUGUUUUUCUGCUUCAGUUGUUAUCUCUCUUUCCAGUCCUCCUCCCAUCGUCUGUACAACAUUGUUCUUACAAGAGCUACAAAACUAUACUAUACUGGUAUUUUCAGUUCAUCAGUCUCUAACAGACAGUGUUUUACUAGACAGUGGCCUCUCUACACACUGAAACAGCUCGUUUGUUCAUCAUAGGUAUGUCUACAUUGUGCAAAGCCUGGUCUCAUUUGAAUUCUCAUCUUUAACACUAAGGGAAAGAUUAAUUCUGUUUUUUUUUUUUUUUUUUUUUGCCUGUUGCUUCUUUUACAUGUGUGAAUGUAUUUUCAGAAUGUUUUUUUCUCUCAUUAGUGUUUAAUUGCAUAUGUUCGUGAAGCAAAAUGUUCAGAUUCUCUUUAGUUUACUUUGUAUUUCAUUUCAGUUUACAAUAAAGUUUGUGGCUUUUGAC